CAUCCCACAAACAGCAAUCUUUCUCCCUCUAGAAAUUCAGUCUCUCUUUCUUCUAAAUUCAAAUCCUUUCAAUGGCGCCAAAAGCAGAGAAGAAGCCAGCUGAGAAGAAGCCUGCGGAAGAGAAGAAAGCCGCCGUUGCUGAAAAAGCCCCUGCCGAGAAAAAACCAAAGGCCGGAAAGAAGCUUCCCAAGGAAGCUGGCGCCGGUGCCGCCGAUAAGAAGAAGAAGAGAAGCAAGAAGAAUGUGGAGACAUACAAGAUCUACAUCUUUAAGGUGUUGAAGCAGGUCCAUCCUGACAUCGGGAUCUCGUCCAAGGCUAUGGGGAUUAUGAAUUCGUUCAUUAAUGACAUCUUCGAGAAGCUUGCUUCAGAAUCAUCGAAGCUUGCGAGGUACAACAAGAAGCCGACGAUUACGUCGAGGGAAAUUCAGACAGCGGUCAGGUUGGUUUUGCCCGGGGAGUUGGCAAAACAUGCUGUCUCAGAAGGGACAAAGGCAGUUACCAAAUUUACUAGCUCUUAGAUUUGGGGGUUUAGGGUUUACUACUCAUUGUAAAAUUUCAUCUUUCUCGAUGAACUAUGUAGGUAUCAGAUUAUGAAAUGGUGAUAUUUUGUUUUCAAACAGUUGAAUCGAAUAUUUAUGAAACUAAUUUCAUUCUUGAUAA